UAGCCCAGUAGUAGUUUAGAAUGAGUGACUGGAAGAGACACACCGACACAUAUAGCCAGCGCAAAUUCUAUUAGAUACAUUUUCUCUGACCGGUUAUUGCGGUUUUGAAUAUACCUCUUCAAUCAACUGCGAAGACUGGGCCAGUUGAUUUAUUUUUUCUCCUCUGUAAACUAAGAUUGGGCAUGACCAUGGGGGCCAGGCUGUGGGUGUAGCCACUGAGACAGCUGGGGAGAGGGAGAGAGGAGGAAAAGCAAGCCAGCACCAGCCAAACACCCUGCACUCCUGCUGGGGAAGAUGGGGGAGACAGAGGAGGAAAAGGACCAGGCAGGGAAGCUGUUUGAGAAUUUCAUCCAGGCCUCUACCUGUAAGGGCACCCUGCAGUCCUUCAACCUCCUGUGCAGGCUGCUGGAUCUAGACCCUCAGGACCAUGAGACGUUCUACUGUAGUCUGAAGACCAGGCUCACCUCCUGGAGGGCCAAGGCCCUCUGGACCAAACUGGACAAGAGAACCUGCCACAAGGAGUACAAGAAGGGCCAGGCUUGUGUGGGCACCAAGUGCCUGAUCAUCGGGGGAGGCCCAUGUGGCUUGCGGACGGCCAUCGAGCUGGCUCUGCUGGGGGCCAAGGUGGUGGUGAUUGAGAAGAGGGACACCUUCUCCAGGAACAACGUGCUGCACUUGUGGCCCUACACCAUCCACGACCUCAAGGGCCUCGGGGCCAAGAAGUUCUACGGCAAAUUCUGUGCUGGAGCCAUAGACCACAUCAGUAUUCGUCAGCUCCAGCUCAUGCUGCUGAAGAUCGCCCUGCUCAUAGCUGUGGAGUUCCAUGUCAAUGUGGAGUUUGUCAAACUGCUGGAACCUCCAGAGAACCAGGAGAAUGACGGGSCUGGCUGGAGAGCUGAGAUCAGGCCUGCCGAUCACCCCGUGGCAAACAUUGACUUUGACGUGGUGGUGGGGGCUGAUGGGAGGAGAAAUACCCUGGAAGGGUUCAAGAGGAAGGAGUUCCGUGGUAAGCUGGCUAUCGCCAUCACGGCCAACUUUGUCAACAGGAACACCACGGCCGAGGCCAAGGUGGAGGAGAUCAGCGGUGUGGCCUUCAUCUUUAACCAGAAGUUCUUCCUGGACCUCAAAGAGGAAACAGGUAUUGACCUGGAGAACAUUGUSUACUACAAGGACAACACACACUACUUUGUCAUGACAGCAAAGAAGCAGAGCCUACUGGACAAGGGUGUCAUCAUUCAUGACUACAUAGACACAGAGAUGCUGCUGAGCAGUGAGAAUGUGAACCAGGAAGCUCUGCUGGGUUAUGCCCGCGAAGCUGCUGACUUUGGCACCAACUACCAGCUUCCCACGCUGGACUUUGCCAUAAAUGCCUGUGGCCAGCCGGACGUGGCCAUGUUUGACUUCACCAGCAUGUAUGCCUCGGAGAACGCAGCGCUGGUCAGAGAACGCUUCGGACAUCAGCUACUGGUGGCACUGGUUGGGGACAGCUUGUUAGAGCCGUUCUGGCCCAUGGGUACAGGGUGUGCGAGAGGCUUCCUGGCUGCUUUUGACUCAGCCUGGAUGGUGAAAAGGUGGGCUGAGGGCAGGACCCCUCUGGAGGUGCUAGCUGAGAGGGAGAGUCUUUACAGAAUUCUGCCGCAGACAACCACUGAAAACAUUGSCAAAAACUUUGAGCAGUACACCAUUGACCCUGGGACUCGGUAUCCCAACCUCAUCUCCACCUGUGUCAGGCAAAACCAGGUGCGUCACCUGUACAUCAAUGGAGAGCUGCCAGUGAAGUCGUGCUCUCUGGAGCGUAAUGCUACAAUACGUCGCCCUGUGAACCUGGCCAGACGAGAGUCGGAGAUCAGGCCGGGGAGGCUGCUGACGUGGUGUCAGAAACAGACCGAGGGCUACAGGAARGUGAGCGUGACAGACCUGACCACCUCGUGGCAGAGCGGCCUGGCUCUCUGUGCCCUCAUCCACCGGUUCAGAUCCCACCUCAUAGAGUUUGAUUCGCUGAAUGAGGAGGAUUCGGCUAACAACRUCCAGCUGGCAUGUGACCUGGCUGAGCGGGAGUUUGGGAUCCGGCCCUUCACCACUGGGGAGGAGAUGGCUGCUGGUCAGGAACCAGACAAGAACAGAAUGGUCACCUACCUCUCCAAGUUCUACGAGCUGUUCCGCGGCACCCCCCUCCCCGUCUCAGAUUCUAGAGGGGCCGACGAAAACAGUGAAGACUAUCCUUCCAAGGCAGUCAGAAGUAUGAACAAAGUUCUGAACUUGGUACCAAGAAAGAGGAUACCAAAGGAUGAGAAGAAGCUAGAAGAUACUGACCCAACGUACAAAAGGAGACGAAAAGUCUGCAGUUACUUGGAAGAGGCAACCAACUUCUCCAGUCAGAGUGCGUCCUGUGUGGGUGAGGGGAGGGAGGUGAAGGAGAACAAGGUCCGCUCCAUGGCCAGCCAGCUCCUGUCCAAGUUUGAGGAGAGCAACCCCAGUUUCACCCUCCGGAGACAGUCUCAGUGUGAUUGGGGUUCUGAGAGGGCCCCUCGGCCACGCUCCAUGGACAUGACUGAGACCCCACGCUUCACCAACCUCAGGCAGCAGACCCCACUCAACCCUCCCCCCAAGACACAGUUUCCGUCUGCAACCUGUGCCAAAUAUGCAGCUGAGUGCAUCGCUCGGCCCCCACCACAGCCUCCUCCCAAACCCAAGCUCUCUCCCCAGCUUCAAGCCCAGCUUCAGUCUCAGCACCAGCCCCAACCCCAGUUCCAGCCCCAACCUAAGCUCCAACCCCCAUCCAUCCCACAUCCCACCCUCAGGAAGGUCAGACAGGCUGAUCAGACAUGUGCUCAGAUGCAACCUCAGACGCAGCCUCAAAAGCCAGAGAGCCCAGAGUACACUGGCUACUCUCCCUCCUGCCACUCAGCAGUCCUAGCCAUGUCUAGAAUGCUCCAACGCCUUCAGGAAGUGGAGGAAAAGAUCACCCAGAAGAAAGCUCAGACCCAGAAUGCUAGAGAGUUUCACAAUAAAAGUAUCAAGGAGAAAGCGGUCCACCUGAGAGCACUGUUCUCUGGGGAUGUGAACUCUACGUCCCAGCUUGAUUCUGAUAAACAGGCCAUUCCCUCAGAGUCUGAUCCCAUCCUCCCUAACCCCAGUKCAGAAGUCACCUCAUUAUACCUUUACCCAGAUAUCACCCUUUCUACCUUCUCACCUCCUCAUCCCUAUUCCUCAUCCUCAUCCUGUCUACUACAACCUCAGUCUGGAUCUGCUGGACAGACCAUUCCCUCACCUCACAUCCUCCCUGCUCCCCGUCCUAAAAUCUCUUCAUCACUACUUUGUCCAGAAAUCACCCUUUCUACAUUUUCACCCCCUCAUACAUAUUCUCCAUCCUCUUCCUCCUCUUCCUGUCUACUUCAACAUCAGCCUGGAUCUGCUGAACAGACCAGUCCCUCUCCUCCCAUCCUCCCUGCUCCCACUCCUAAAGUCACUUCCCUCCUUUGUCCAGAAAUCACCCUUUCUACCUUCUCACUCCCUCAAACCGUUUCUUCAUCCUCAUCCAUUCUACUCCAACUCAAGACCAGUCAAUCUGGGGCACUAGAUAUGCAGCUUUGUAAGAAAGAAAUGCAAAGAGAUCCCUUGAAUGAGUCACAUGUGUGUCACAGCAGUGGCUCCACAUAUGUAUCCCAACAACAACGCACUGCAAUACUACAACCAAAGCCAGAACCUGGUUUUAAUAACGUCAAACAGGUAUUUUGCCCCCAGCGCCACAUGCCUGCUAAAGUAACUUGUACUAUCCUCUAAAUCACAAAGGACACGUGUCGACACAAAGGUCUUGCAUGGAAGAAGCAUGUGAGCUGUUUUUUAGCUAUGCUGGGGCCUCUCAUGCUAAGGUUGAAUACAUUUUUGUGGUGCUGCACUUUGUGGGUUAGACUGCCCCUCCCUGUCCACAGAUUUCUGAUAAUUUUGAGCCAGCGCCGUGCAGUCAGUGCAAUCUGAAGCAUCCAGACAGGCACACUAGCUAACCAUAAUGAGAAAACAUUCCCUCCUCUUCUGUGGCCAUACUUUUGAGCUGAGACUCUUAUCUUGAUGAAAGAACUUGACUAAUUUCCCCAACAGUGGCCUUAGUCAGAGAACAAAGUAGUCAAAUCACUAUCUAUCUAUCUAUCUAUCUAUCUAUCUAUCUAUCUAUCUAUCUAUCUAUCUAUCUAUCUAUCUAUCUA